CCGAUACGUUGUACAUUUGGACGUUAUACAUUUGGGACAAAACUCGUUUUCCAACACAGAUAUACGUGGCUAAAGUUGUAACGGCGACCGUUUAGAGACAGCGUUAGGAUAUUGACGGAACGAGACGCCGUAGACCGUGGUACUUGGGUGGUAGCCAGAUAAGUGCUGACGAGAUAAACAGAGACAGAUGUCCGGUAGGUAGCACGGACCGUACCCUCCUCCUCCUCCCCAACUAAUAUAAAUUGAGGGCUAUAUCCACGCCCAUUGUUUAUCCUCAGAAACUAAGAAAUUUCACUCUUUCUCUCUCUAGAAAGCAGAGCCGUUAUCAUUCUCUCUUCAUUUCAAUCGCCGAUAAGCCGUAUUGUAUGGCCGCCAAUUUGCAGAGCCGAGGAGUCGCGAGCUUGGGGAAGCUGUUCCGGGGCAAGAUAACCUCAACUAAUCGUACCGGCUCUUCUGCUUCUCUCUCUAGGAGGGCCGUGCAUGCAUCGGCCUACGACAAGAACAUAGAAGAGCAUGCCCAACCCUCUACUGUGCCAGAUGAAAUAAUCGAGGCCCAAUCAGACAAGUACUGGGCUCCUCACCCUCAAACCGGCGUAUUUGGACCCGACACCGUUAAUACAGCAUCCGGCGGCGCCACCGCUGCCGGUGGGGACUUUGCACCACCCGAUUCAGUAUUGGAGCAGAAGGCCUUCUUUCGCCCCUUGGAGGGGUUAGAGAAGCCUGACCCAUCCUUCCCCUGAACCAUCUAUUAUUUUCUUUCAAAUUCUGCCCCUUCUAUAUAUAAAUAAUAAAUAAAUAAAUACUGGCAAAUGCAGGUGGCAGACUGAAAAUAGUACAAGUAAGUGGUCAGCAGCAUGAUGUAACUAAGUAAUAUAAAAUGGAAAUGCACAUCAUUUUCCAUAACCAUUAUCUAUUUGCUGUUAUUGUCAUCAUUAUGGAUAUGCACUUGCGUCUUGAACUCUUGAUUUGGAAAAGUUUCAAAGUGUGUUGCAUUCAUUGUCUUUUAUUUCAAAGUAUAUAUACUUUGCAGUAA